AUGGCCCGCGUCUUGGAAGGCAAAUUCGGCAUCGUCACCGGCGGCUCGCGGGGAAUCGGCGAAGCAAUUGCGCGCAACCUGGCCGCAAAAGGCUGUUCUCUCCUCCUCAACUUCACUUCAGAGUCCUCGCGCGCCCCCACAGAAGCACUCUGCUCCUCCCUCGCCUCAACCCACAACAUCAAGUGCGAGAGCGUCCAAGCAGACCUCAGCAAGCCCGAGGAAGCAGUGACACCCAUCAUUGCCGCCGCUAAGCAACACUUCAGUAAGGAUGGCAAGCUCCAGAUCGAUAUCCUAGUCAACAACGCGGGUGUCUCAGCAGACCGCAACCUGAACGACUCCACCAGGGGCCCCAUCGAGGCCGAACACUUCAAUUGGCAAUACGCCAUUAACGUGUUGGCCCCACUUCUCCUCACACAGGCCUGCAGCCCCUACCUCCCCACCGACCGCAGCGGCCGCAUCGUCAACAUCUCCAGUGUGUCUUCAUCGCUUGGAUUCAUUGGCCAGUCUAUCUAUGGUGGUACCAAGGCUGCGCUUGAGGCUAUGACUCGUACCUGGGCACGUGAGCUUGCGGACCGUGCUACCGUUAACGCUGUCAACCCUGGUCCUGUUAUUGGUGAUAUGUACUUUGCUACUGGGGACCAGUUCUGGAAGGAUAUCCAGGGUUAUCAGGAUAACACGCCGCUUAGCAAGUUGGAUGUUAACAAUGAGGAUACCAUGAGUCGUUUGACGGAUGAGCAGAAGCGUCUUGUUCAGGAGAAGAUGGGUGGGCGGAGACCUGCUUUUACGAGCGAGGUUGCUGGUGUUGUUGGCAUGCUAUGCACGCCUGAUGGGCUUUGGUGUACGGGCAGUGUUGUUUGUGCUAAUGGUGGUAUGAAGAUGGGACAGUAA